ACAAAUGGGCAAGUUGAAUACGGUGUGUCUGAGAGGUUUUAUUUAAUAAUUUCGUUAAUUUUGUGAUAUAUUUUCAAUACAAAUGAAAACAUGACACUCAGAGAUAGUCUCAGGGAUCUGGGAUGGCACUUAAGUCAAGAAGGUAUUGAUAUUAUUAGCGAAAAUGGUCAAAUACAAGAUGUAAAUAUCCUUAGCCGAAGGGCUCUAGACUUCGAUCUGAGGGAUAUAGGCGAGGCAGCCUUUCCCGAAGAGUUUACAAAAGACCCUUCUAAGUUAGAGAAGCCAAUAGUCGUUCAAAUCCAGAAGAUAAGAAAUGUGGCAGCCCCUAAAGCUAAUGAAGAGUCCACAUCAGCUCCUCGUAUGUUAAAGUUUACGUUACACGACGGGAAAUCUUCGUGUACGGGUCUUGAGACAACUUCUAUUCCCAAUCUAAGCAUUAACACCCCACCAGGAACAAAGGUGUUACUUAAGAAUGAGGAUCUUGAAGUGUGUCAUGGUGUGAUUUGGCUGACUCCUUCUGUGGUGUCAGUGCUGGGUGGUAAAGUGUCCCAUAUGAUUGAAAAAUGGGAACUCAAUAGAAGUCUUGCUAAGCAUACUAGAGGUGGCAUUGGAGCAGAUGGUGGUCCCCCACCAUGGAUUCCAUUUGGUCAAAGGCUGGAAGCAUUACCUGUUGAUAAACAAUUCAAGAGUUUGCAAGAACAGGCCAAACAAGACAAUGCUGAGUUUGAAGCUCAGAGGAAGGGAGCUAUUGCAGAGGCGCAGAGGAUGUCUGGUGUUAAAAAGGUGUUUGGUGGAGGCACUAAGCCUCUAUUGGAUGCAAAUGUACAGAAAAUUGUUGAUGCAGGAUUCUCUGAAGAACAAGCUGAGAACACCCUCAAGUAUACCAAGAACAAUGUCGAUAGAGCACUUAGAAUAUUACAGAAAAGAGACAACUCGGAAAAUAGGAGUAAAGAGAAACCAAAAGAGUCCGAUCAGCCAAGUCAACCAAAACGUAAAGGGAGAAAUAAAGACAAUGACGAAGACGGUGUUCCCGUCAAACCUUCAGGAAAAGUAUCUCUAUUUGAUUUCUUGGAAGACAAACUUCCUAAUGUACCAGAUAAGGAUAAGAACAGUCGGCGAGAUUAUAACACGCCUUCCGAAGACAGGGGUGAAAGGAGUUAUGGUAAUAGGGAUAGAAAUGGUGCCAAAACUAACCCACGCUCACACGGUUCACGAUACGACGGCCCCCGAAACAGGUCUGAUCGGGGACACUACGACAACUAUCACAAUAAUACACAUAGAGAGGAACGCAAAUAUCAGACACAGAACGAAAAACCACCAAGAUUCCAACGAAAGUUGGAAGAAAAGAACAAGCAACAGCAGCAAGCCAACAAUCUCAACUUACAUUACAACAAUGCAUAUCACAGUCAACCCCAGAAUCAGUAUCCCGAGAUAAACAUGAGGAAUGAACACUUUAACAAUAAUGACAUGAAUCAGCAGCAACAACAAAAUUAUCGUAAUAUCAACCCCAUGGAUAGUUUAGUUGAUGCAACAGCCAAUUUGAACUUGCUCUCAAACCAACCUCGGCCUAACGAAGAAGUCUCUCCUGGGAGAAAUUAUCAAUCCUAUCCGGAACAAGCGUACCAGCCAAAGCAAUAUGUUCCUAAUCAAGCCAUGCAGGAUAUAACUCCAUUUAGGAGAAAUAACGAUAUGCCUAAAUAUCAGGAGCAGCCGUAUCGCAGGCAGCAACAGCAGCCAAAUGGCUAUAUGGAGCCGCAGCAAACUCCCAUGUAUUCUAACAUGAACUAUAUGAAUGCUCAGGGAGGUUUUGGCGGUCGUCAGUACGGCUACGGCGCCCGUCCUCAGGAGUACAGCACGCUUCGCACGGGAGGCCCGUUCCUGCCGGGCUCGUUGCUGGGGUUCCAGAACGCCGCGGUCAAUGAGCAGGCGCGGGCGAUGCUGGGCGUCGCCGAUAUCAACUGGAAGGUCGGGGACCGAUGCCUCGCUCUUUAUUGGGAGGAUAAUAAUUUUUAUGAGGCGGAAAUCACUGGCAUUUCAGCAAACACUGUAGUAGUCAAAUUUUGUGCAUAUGGUAAUCACGAAGAAGUUCUUAAGUCUAAUUGCUUGCCGUACCCUAACCAAGCGGCGUCGAGCAGCGGCGGCUACCUCGCGCGGCGCGCCUAGGGGUGCGGGGCGGCGCCCUCCCCCGCCGCCGCCGUCAGCUGACGUCCCCGCGUGACGCCCGAGCGACACACGCGCAUCACGCCCUCUACUGUGUACUUGACGUGCCUGCUUCUCGCUUGAUACGCGCCGGUAAACAAACGAAUCGAAGCGAAGCGGCGCUAAUCGUUCCCUCUCACUCACACACACAGGUUACUGUGUAAGUGAGACAGAAUGAUUGACGCUGCUCUUUUCGAUUCUUUUCUUUACUGGAACGCGUUAUACUACUUUCAUUUGAUAAUGGUGCUUAUUCUUUUGUACAUAGAGCUCUUAACUUUUUCAAGUCUUCAAGCAGUGCUUUCCUUUUCGCAAUAUUACUUGCAGAAAAGGAUAGCACUUCUCUUGAGACUUGUUUUAGUUUAGAGAUUUGUGUACAUCCAAGUUGGAAACUUUUGCAGUUUUAUCUACACUAUGAGCAUCUUGAGAAAUGAGAAUACUAACAGGAUAGGUACUUUAAACCUGGGUAAACUACGUUACAAACUAGGUAACAGAAAUACACGAAAAACCGGGAUUGUAGUGGAUAGGGAUAUCCUUAAUAUUUAAGAGCCCUCAAAUAUUAAUUGACAUACUAGAACAAAGAACAUUAGGUACAGUACUACCACUUGUAUAAGUUACGCCGACGUACCUGCGCAGAAAUCCUAUUUUUGAAUGGCUCGAAAAUAUAUCAGCCAAUCAUAGCGCGCGUCCGUAAGCUAUUGGUUGUUGUUGUACGGGCGAAUUAAGAGCGAGAUAGCAUGAGUAUGUUGUUCUUGUGUUCAAAAUCUUA